AUGGAUGACCGUAUCUGGAGUUCUCUUGAACAGUCCGGAUUUCAAUUCUUGGGCGAGCUCAAAGGGCAUUUCUUGACCCCCUGGCAUGUGGCUUGUGCAGUCGAUAGCUUGGGUGAUACAAUUCCUCUGGUGAGGCAGUUAAAGUCUGGAUUGCUGGAGUCUGAAGAAAAGAGGGAGGCGGAACGUCUUUGGCAAUGGUUAACCGACAAUGCUGACCUUCUUAAGAGAGUUCAGGCAAGGCUACUGGCAAAAUCUCAGCGGGUGGAGGCCUUUAUACGAGAGUCUCCUGCAGCGUCUUCGGUGUACGACCAACAGGUCAGUGGCUCAGUCGAGCUGCAGAAGCAGGUGAGCAAAUCGCGUCACAGGUGGCUGGCCAAUGGCAAUGGAACUCCGGCUGAAGCGGAGAAGGCGGCUAAGAAGUUCUGGGGCACCGUUUUGGUCCAGAUUAUGCUGGAGGCCAGCCUUCCGAUCAGCAACAUGAAGGCGGACACUGAAGAGCAGAGGGCAUCGUAUGCGCUCAGGGCUUUGGGCUCACGUCGCUCAAAGACACUGAGAAAUCGUGCUAGAACCUGGAAGAAGGCCCGUGAAUGGAUGCUCAGAGUGAAGAACCGUCCUUUUCCGAAGGAUGUCGGAGACGUGGUCGAUUACAUGACUUUCUUGGAACAAGACGUUGGUACAAAAUCGUGCAUCAGUGAUUUUAUGGCUGCCCUUUCGGUUUUGGAAGACGCUGGUCAGGUUCCGACAAAUCAGCAGCUCUGCAAGAACCGAUUGGUGGUGGCCUCUUCUCAGAGCUUUGGUGCUGAGGUCUUGGAAGGCAAGACGGCUAAGACCCAAGCUCCACCUUUGACUGUGGCAAUGCUGCUAUCUCUUGAGAUGUACGAUGUUUCGAGUUCAAAUCCGAAGUAUGCCCGUUUCCUGGCAUGGACAUGCUUGGUUACAGUCUGGGCGUGCAUGCGCAUUUCUGACUUGCAGGGUGUGGAUGUCUCGAGGAUCCUGCUUUUCAGUAGUGGGCUUAAAGGCUUCUUGGUUCGUACAAAGACGACGGGCCCGGAUAAGAAGGUUCUGGAAGUCCCGUUUUUCAUUCGAAGGGAUGCCAACCUAACAGGUCACGAUUGGCUUUCGAAGGGCUAUGAUCUACUGCGAUCUUUUGGUCAGCUGGAGAGGCGUUUUCUGGUAUGGCAAGCGUCGGAUGACAUGCAGGAACCUCUUUACAAGUACGCGCGCCCGGAGGUUAUAUCGAGCUACUUUCGCCUGAUCUGGCAGAAGCUUCAAACACCCUUCAGGAAGGUGGGGGAGAACAAGUGGAAGCUGGCAGGCGGCACUUGCCUGGUGGGCGGAGCACCGGGCUAUGACGAGGAGGAACUCUUCUCACAACUGGCUGGCUGGCUCGAACAACGGGGUACCGGACUUCCUCCAGAGCCGCCAGAAAUCGUGCUCCGGAGCCAGAACACGGCGGCAGCCUCGUCCAGCUCAGGUGAUUCCUCCUCCACUGAUGUGGGAGAGGCCGAGUAG